UUUGGUUUGAGCCUAUCGAAAUCGUUUAUGCACACAACCUGUUCGACGUAAUGCGUAGCUGAGAUUCUUCUCUAUAAAAAGGUGUAUUCUUUGCUAUUGUUGGAAGGUAUCAUUGUUUAGUAAUGGGUAGCAAAGUGAUGAUGUUCAAGUGGUCAAAGAACAUCACGCCUUCACAGGUUAUCAAACUGAUGCGAGCUGAAAAAGAUGUGGAGAAGUCUAUGGCAGUUUUUGAUUCCGCAACGGCGGAAUACGCAAAUGGGUACGUACAUGAUCAGAGUUCUUUUGGUUAUAUGGUCUUGAGGUUGGUCUCUGCUAAUAAGUUCAAAGCAGCUGAAGAUCUGAUUGUUAGAAUGAAGAUUGAGAAUUGUGUUGUUAGUGAAGAUAUAUUGCUUUCGAUAUGUCGAGGGUAUGGUCGGGUUCAUAGGCCGUUUGAUUCUUUAAGGGUUUUUCACAAAAUGAAGGAUUUUGAUUGUGAUCCUAGCCAGAAGGCUUAUGUCACUGUUCUUGCCAUUCUCGUGGAAGAGAAUCAGUUAAAUUUGGCAUUUAAGUUUUACAAGAAUAUGAGAGAGAUUGGUUUGCCUCCUACUGUGGCAUCUCUCAAUGUUUUGAUUAAAGCUCUUUGCAGAAAUGACGGAACUGUGGAUGCUGGUCUUAAGAUUUUUCUUGAAAUGCCUAAGAGAGGGUGUGAUCCGGAUUCUUACACAUAUGGAACCUUGAUUAGUGGUUUGUGUAGGUUCGGAAGGAUAGAUGAGGCGAAGAAGUUGUUUACAGAGAUGGUUGAGAAAGACUGUGCACCAACUGUUGUUACCUAUACUUCUCUGAUUAACGGUUUGUGUGGAUCGAAAAAUGUUGAUGAAGCUAUGAGAUAUCUAGAAGAGAUGAAAAGUAAAGGCAUUGAGCCGAAUGUUUUCACGUACAGUUCUUUGAUGGACGGUCUUUGCAAAGAUGGGCGUUCUUUGCAAGCCAUGGAACUAUUUGAGAUGAUGAUGGCUAGAGGCUGCAGGCCAAACAUGGUAACGUAUACCACUUUGAUCACUGGUCUCUGUAAGGAGCAGAAGAUUCAAGAAGCCGUUGAACUUCUUGAUAGAAUGAAUCUUCAGGGUUUGAAACCUGAUGCUGGAUUAUAUGGGAAAGUAAUCAGUGGGUUCUGUGCUAUUAGUAAGUUUCGUGAAGCUGCCAAUUUCCUUGACGAGAUGAUUCUUGGAGGAAUUACUCCAAAUCGUUUAACCUGGAACAUCCAUGUUAAGACAAGUAAUGAAGUAGUCCGAGGUCUUUGUGCAAACUAUCCAAGUCGUGCAUUUACUCUAUAUCUUAGCAUGAGGAGUAGAGGAAUCUCGGUUGAGGUUGAAACACUAGAAUCUUUGGUGAAGUGUUUGUGCAAAAAGGGUGAAUUCCAGAAAGCUGUUCAAUUAGUCGAUGAAAUAGUGACUGAUGGGUGUAUUCCAAGUAAAGGAACAUGGAAGCUACUUAUAGGUCACACAUUGGAUAAAACGAUUGUAGGAGAGGCUUCAGAUACUCUUCUCAGAGAUUUGGAUAUCUAA